AUGCUACUAACUAGAGUCUUGGCCUUGCUUAUGCUAGCCCAUAAUAGCCGGUCGUCGCAAAUGUCUGGCGACCUAUCUGCAUUUAUCAAGGAUGAGAUUAUCCAUGGGGCAGAGAACGCCUAUAACCGACCCCAAUCUCAGGCCGUAAUCCCAGAAAAGCCACUUCGAUCACGCACAGGCCAACUUAAUGGGAUUGCCGAGGCCGAAUAUGCCAGUGAGGAGGAGACAACGACACAUUCAGAUAACCAGAUCGAAGAAAACAAUGAGGGCCGUGCUGCUUUGACAUCAACACCCUCAGUACUAAACAUUCCAGAUGCCAUCGUGCGAGAGGAGAGAUCACCGAAAGGGUACUCGACUGCUUAUGGCUGGGAACUUCGGUCAAUUUGUCCGAACUUUAAUGGUAAGCCUACUCGCCGAUCCUGGACUGACAGUCACAAAAGCGAGAACGCAACUACUUCUAAUGUCCUACCCAUGGCGUUGCUUCCUUGGGCCUGGUUCGAUAAACACUCUAGCAAUAACCUCUUGCAAAGUAUUCAAGUUACAGGCCUUAACACGGCGUUUUGUGCUGCCCCGGGUAAAGAAUCUCUGGACCUCAUCGAUGCGGUUGACUUGACUCUUUUUAAUAGCCAUAUCGAGAACACUCUCCGGACAUUCAGCAGCGAAAACAAUGUGAUCUUUUCUCCCAGCAUUAUUGAUCAAUUAGUGAAAUGUGCCAAGCUCGAAAGGCUUGUAAUAGACAACUCGCAAUGGAAGCACCACUUAGAAACUCCGUCUGAUUAUUGGAAGAACACUCACAUCCCGGUCGUCCUGGAAACCAUCCUCAAGUCUCUCCAGCGACUGCACACUCUUGCUCUAAUUAACUUUGGAACGCUAAACAUUGAUGCAACUGCCAAUGAAAUCGACAGAUCGACCAAUUCCAUUGUUAUAUCCAGUCCAGCGAUCCAAAACCUUCAUCUUGACCUCAGCUUGCCCCCACAGAAAUGCCGGCUGGUUUUACGUGACUGUACUAAGCUUGAAACUGUUAUUAUUGGCCCAAACAAUGAUUUCACUGACAUCAGGUAUGAGCUAAACUCGUCUCUCCAUCACAGUGCUAAUUUGUACCUUCAAAUACGAAGUUAUCACGCCACUCAAGUACCAACUAUUCUUUUCUCCCUCCCCGACCUCACACUAGCCCUUGAUUUCCCCCAAUUAGAUGCAUCUACUGUCCGCUGCAAUAUUAGCGAAUACACCUCCAUUAGCAUCGACCCUUCUUCCAACCAGCCAAUCUUUAAGCUUGGUCUUGACAGCUACCUCAACCACAUUAUCAAUAGUGCUUAUUGGCGCUACCGCCGAGCAGCCCGGAAGAACCCGAUAGAGAUAGACGUCCGCGCACCUAAUAAUCCCCUCUUAUCACAACACUGCCGCCCUCUAACUCUAUGGGAAAGACUUGUCCCCGCCAUGCGCCGGUACAACGGCGGCACUGAGAACAUUAAUUCAACUCUUCUGCCCUUCAUUGACUUUAUUGAAACCGACCAAAAGAUCUAUAUCAACACUCCACAAACCCGGACUCUCUACCCGGCAUAUAAAACCGACGCCGGCGCGAUCACUACCUUCGUCUUAUUAGACAACGAAGUCAACGAACUCUGGGCCUUCUUUUUCGAAACCGCCAGCACGCAUGCUCAAAUUAUCCAAAUCACCGGAUCCACCAAGGAAUCCGACGACUCCCGUACGCCGUUCAAAAACAUUCCCUUCGCUCAAAAGCGCACCGCUCUACUCAAAAUCCACACACUCCAAAUCACCACCUACCGGCAAAUGAACCCCACCACCCGAUCCACGCCCACCAAAAUACCCCCGUGCAUCUAUAAACUCUACUGCCUUGACACUCUUAUUCUAAUCGACUGCCACUUCAGCAACUUGCUCGAAGUCCUUCUCAAAUUCCCAGACCUCCAGAAUUUCCGACUACUAGGCGAGUGCAUCUAUGACCACAUGAACACUCCCUUCGCCACUACAAUUAUCAACAAAUUGAGCCCUGCCGCUAUUAUGCCCGACAAGAGCAUCACCGAGCAAUUAGCCCGUGGCCAAGUUCUAACUCCCACCAGUGAACUAAGUGUCCAAGAAUUCGAGUCCAAUAGCUACUCCGAUGAUUCGGUCUACCAUGCCAGCAAUGAAAUCCCCACUGGCAACUAG